ACAUACAUCUUCACGUUUCAUGACGAACACUGAAACUAUGAUUGUCUUCAUCAUCUUCUUUUUCUCCUUCCUACAAUCUUGUGUCUGCGGUGAUAUGAUCAUGAGAAGACAUUCCUUGAGAGAUGGUGAUGUUAUAUUCUCUGAAAGGAAGAGAUUCGCCUUUGGAUUCUUCAGCUCUCCUCUUUCGAAGCUCCGAUAUGUCGGAAUUUGGUAUGCUGAAAUCUCUGAGCAGACUGUUGUAUGGGUUGCAAACAGAGACCGUCCCGUUAAUGAUAAAUCUGGUCUGAUAAAGUUCACCAGCAGAGGGAAUCUCUGCGUCUAUGCAUCAUCAGUUAAUGAAACAGAACCUGUCUGGUCAACUAACGUUUCAGAUAGUAUCUUGGAAGCAACUCUAGUUGCGAAACUCUCCGAUAUAGGGAUCCUUGUUCUGCUUGAUUUAGUCACAGGGAGAUGUUUCUGGGAGAGCUUUGAUCAUCCGACAGACACUUUUCUUCCGUUCAUGAGAUUGGGGUUCACACGAAAAGACGGCUUGAAUCGCGUUCUGACAUCUUGGAGAUCUCCUGGCGACCCAGGUUCAGGGAUCUUCACGUACCGGAUAAAACGUGUGGGAUUCCCGCAGCUGAUUCUGUAUAAAGGUCUGAUCCCUUGGUGGCGUGCGGGGACGUGGACCGGGCAGAAGUGGAGCGGAGUGCCUGGAAUGACAAGAGGAUAUAUCUUCAAUAGCUCGUUUGUUAAUAAUCAGGACGAAGUAUCGAUCACUUACGGUGUAACGGAUGCUUCAGUCAUAACUAGAAUGAUGGUGAAGGAGACGGGAAACAUGCAACGUUUCACAUGGAUUGCGAGGGACAAGAGAUGGAACGGUUUCUGGUCAGCUCCUAAAGAGGAUUGCGACUACUAUGCACACUGUGGCCUUAACGGUUACUGCGAUCCCACAAGUACGGAAGCGUUUGAGUGCACAUGCCUGCCUGGUUUUGAGCCAAAGAUGCCCCGGGAUUGGCUCUUGAGGGACACUUCGGGUGGGUGUACAAAGAAAAACUAUGCUUCAAUAUGCCGUGAGAAAGAAGGGUUUGUGAAGUUAAGGAGCGUGAAGAUUCCCGACACAUCAAAUGCAACUGUGGAUAUGAAGAUAACAUUAGAGGAGUGCGAGAAUAGGUGCUUGAGGAACUGCUCUUGUGUUGCGUACGCAAGCGCUUACCACGAGAGUGACAGAGGAGCAACUGGAUGCUUGACAUGGCACGGCGGCAUAUUAGAUACAAGGAUUUACGUGAACUCUGGACAAGAUUUCUACAUACGUGUAGACAGGGAAGAGAUGGUAGGGUGGAACAGAAAGGGCGCAUUAGGCAAGAUGAGAGCCGUCUUCAUUCUCAUCAGUUUGAUUGCAGCCGUAAUGUUACUGACAGUCGUUUUGUUCUGUUUCGUAAGGAACCGACGAAAGUCGAACAGGCGUAGAAGAUCAUCAUCAACAGCCUUCACCCGGGAAUCUUUUGAUUUAAAAGAUUCAUUCGGAUUGGAAGAGGACCAGGGGAGAGAAUGGGAGUUGCCUCUCUUUGAGCUUAACACAAUCGCUACAGCGACGAACAAUUUCGCUUUCUGUAACAAGCUUGGAGCAGGUGGUUUUGGACCCGUUUAUAAGGGCGUGUUACAAAACGGUAUGGAGAUAGCAGUGAAGAGGCUGUCGAGAAAGUCAGGCCAAGGAAUGGAAGAGUUCAAGAACGAGGUCAAGUUGAUAUCAAAGUUGCAGCAUCGAAAUCUCGUGAGGAUCUUAGGGUGUUGCGUCGAACUGGAUGAGAAGAUGUUGAUAUACGAGUACUUACCAAACAAGAGCCUAGAUUAUUUCAUAUUCCAUGAAGAGCAGAGAGCGGAGCUGGAUUGGCCAAAACGGAUGGUAAUAAUCCAGGGGAUUGCUCGGGGAAUCUUGUAUCUUCAUCAAGAUUCAAGACUGAGAAUCAUCCACAGGGACCUCAAGGCCAGCAAUGUUCUUCUUGACAACGAGAUGAUCCCCAAGAUUGCUGAUUUUGGCAUGGCUAGAAUCUUUGGGGUCAACCAAAUCGAAGGAAGCACCAAUCGGGUUGUCGGAACAUACGGAUAUAUGUCACCGGAGUACGCAAUGGAUGGCCAAUUCUCCAUAAAAUCCGAUGUCUACAGCUAUGGAAUAUUGAUCUUAGAGAUCAUAACCGGAAAGAAGAACAGUACUAUCUACCAAGAAUCUUCGAAUUUAGUCGGACAUAUUUGGGCUCUGUGGGAGAAAGGUGAAGCAACAGAGAUCAUAGAUACGUUAAUGGACGGAGAGACUUAUGAGGAGAACGACGUGAUAAAGUGCGUACACAUUGGGUUGCUCUGCGUGCAAGAAAGCCCUUUUGACAGACCAGACAUGUCCUCUGUUGUGUUCAUGUUUGGACAUAACGCCAUUAAUCUUCCAUCUCCGAAGCAUCCUGCUUUUAUGGUGGGAAGGAAGAUAAACGUCCAAAAUAGCGGCAGCUCAGGUACUUUGCCCAGCGGGGAAACGGGUGGUUCUUUCAAUGACGUUACUCUCACCGAUGUUCAAGGUCGUUAGAAAACAACCAAGUGUUUUUUCCCUUUCUCAAUGAAUAACAACACUAGUCUCUCGAUAGGUUUCACAAUUAACGGGUCUACUAAAUGAUUUCCUGUGCUCAUAUACGUGCAUCUAAACAUUUACAAAAUAAUCAAAUUAUAAUGAUAAUUAGUAAAGAUUUGUUUUUCUUA